GAGAUUUUGUUUGGUAAAUCCAUACAAGGAUACAAGGCAGGGUAUGGCCGGCAUGGCAAAUAGAUGCAGUUAUUAGCGUGUGAAAAGGUUUGGGCUAGCCUAGGACAGACCUUUUGUGUAGGCCUAGGUUAUUUCUGAGUCCUAUCUAGUUUAUAAUUUUCAAUAAGGAUCGUUUAAUAGAGACGUAAAUACGGUAAAAUGGGUGAUUUGUUAGAAGAUAUUCUGGAGUGUCAUAUUUGUGCAGAAAAGUAUAAUCUUACAGACAGACGACCAAAGGUCUUAAACUGUGGGCAUAGAUUCUGUUUAGGAUGUUUAAACUUACUUGGACAGCAAAACCACAUCAAAUGCCCAAAUUGCCAAAAGGUAUUUGACAUACCUGCAUGUGGUGUAAAGAGUUUUACUGAUAAUUUCACCAUCAUUGAUUUAAUGGAACAUGUAAAUGUGCCGCCAAUCCAAGGAACCAGUGCUGGAGAUUGUCAUGAAAAUAUAACAGAUGGUGUUGUCAAACUACAGGGGUUGAUCACCAACUUUGAAGCUGAACUGCAGGCACGGAAUGUUGUUGCAAAGUUUGACACUGCAGAAAAAAACAUUGAGGAUUCAUUCCAUAAGAUGCUGCAGCUGUUGGAGAGACGAAAACAUUGUCUUCUGGAAGAAUUCAACACUAUUAAGGAAAAGGAGAUCAGAAAUCUAGAUAUUCAAAACAAAUCAAUAAGUGAUGCAAAUAAGUUUCUCACUUUGACCCAACAACAACUGAGAGAUGGCACUCUCAAAACCAAAUCAAAUCUUCAGAAAAUAUCCGCUGAAUGCCAAAGGCUACAGGAUGGUGUUAGUUCUCUUAAGAAGUCAGAAUUUAAGUUUAGCUUCUUGAAGCAUGGACAAGAUGAUCUCAUGAAUGGAAUUGCUAGCUUUGGUUGUCUGGUGAAAGAAGAAAAAGAAACACAAAAGUGUGUCACUCCUCUGACAGUCUUGGCUAAAGAAAAUGUCUCCAUGGUCCCUCCAGAACAGAGGUAUAAUAAUGCAGAUAAUCAGCUCAAGGUACUUCCUCUAUCACGACUUGAUGCACCAUUCAGCUGUUCCACAGUGAAUCCAUCUGCAGUUGUAGAGGUUGGAAGGAACUUGUUGCUGCUAGACUCUCAACAACACUUUAUUGAUUUACUUGAGGCAUCAAGACCAAAUGUUUUGACAUAUUUUCCCAUACAGAUGCCAAGGAAAGAUAUUAAUUUGUUCUUACCAUGUGGCAUAACUGUAGAUUCUGAAAACAACAUUGUGUUAAUUGAUAAUGCCAGUAUGAUUUACAUUGCUAGCACAAGUGGACAAUAUGUAAAUUCAUUUAGCAUUCUUACAAGUGGAGAUACAUUUUACUCAAAUUUUCCAAAUGUAGGGUUAGCUUGUGAUGGCAACAAUGAUAUUUAUACUUGGUGUAGCAAGUACAAAAUCCUUCGCGUGUUUAACAAAAAUGGUGUCUUGUUGCGAAAUAUUGCACCUGCCCAUGCAAGGUUUGCAGAACCUUUUAUCAGUUCAAUUUGUAUACAUGAUGAGAAAAUCUACAUUGCUGAUUCAAAGGUUAGCACUAUUGCAGAAUACUCAAGCCAGGGAGAUUUGCUGAAGACUAUGGGAAAAUUUGGAGUGGGAAAUGGUCAGUUUAAAAACCCUGAAGGAAUAGUAGUUGAUAAGAAGGGGUUGAUAUUGGUGGCAGAUUCUGGAAAUGGAAGAAUACAGGUGCUGUCACCUGAAGGGCAAUUUUUAAUCAGUUUCGGUGAGACCGCACUAAGCAUACCUUGUUAUGUAUCAGUAUUUGAUAAAGGUCAGGUUGCGAUAUGUGAUAGGGUAAAGCAAUGUAUCAUGAUGUUGGAAUAGUAUUUGACCUUGGCUACUGCAAUAUGAUGAGUUAUAAUUAUUGUAGGGCAAAACAUCAUUCCUAUUAAAUUUUCUGAUGGGAACACCUUCGAAAUAAUAAUUAUUAUUAUUAAGUAUCUGUACAGUAAUUUAUAUUUCCUUACCUUUUAUUAUUUUAUGAGGCAGAUAAUUCUUUUCGCAAAAUGAAAAUUCUGUUAUGUGACUGUUUGACUCCGUGCAUGUAAAUACUUUACAUUGCUAACAUAGAAAAGUGAUUGUUGUUUUUCUGAUACCUAACCAUAAGUUUCUUUAAGUGUGAUCAAAUUUAAUUUUAUUUAAGGAGUUGCCAUAUAAUACAAUAAGAAAUACAGUAUUGUCUAAACAGUAUAUUAAAUUUAUAUAUCCAGUUGUAUGAACUGAUUGUAAUUUACUGAAUCUCGAAUAUCAAUAAGUCAAUUAUAUAUUUAAAUUACAUUAAUCCAGAUAAUCUCUUUUAAAUCAUUGAGAUAACAAUAAAAAAUACUAAUAAAAGCAAUAACAGUGCACAGUGGAAAUCUCACAGUAGGUUAAUACAUCCUUUGUAUUUGGAUUAUUAUCGAUAAAAUGGUUCUAACAGCUAUAAUAAGCAUACCUGUAGCCACUGUUUGUUUAGCUUGUGUUAUAGAAUUUAGACUUCAGAUAAUUAGCUUUAUUUGGCUCCAGUAAACAUUUUACAAAAACCUUUGAACAUGUUGUCAAGAUCUUUAGUUACAUGCUCCUUGUAUGUCAACUUUCCCUGGCAACAAAAAUAAAUAUUAAGAGUUAUAUAAUGAACACAAUUGUAUUGUUCUAAUCCAUCUACAGACAUUAGGCAAGACUUUUUUUAUACCUUUUUUUUUUCACGAAGGAGGGUGGACAAGAAAUGAAAAUAAAAUUUUGUUUUCUUAUUUAGCAAAUAGAUUUGCCAAAAACAUCCAGACAGAAGAAAAUAAAAAUAAGAUGUAGUUUACAGUGUAGUAAAUGGGAUGGUUAACUGCUUUAAAUUUAUAUAAUUAGUGCAAUAAAUAUAAACAAAAAUAAAGAAAAACUUUUUCGUGGCAGUGGUUGCGCUUAUUGGCCAAAAAUAGAAUUCAAAAUCAU